CGGAGGCGGUGGUUUAGUGGGCCAAGAGUUCUGAGAGCCAGAACACGUGUUAUCUCUUGCGAAGAGUUUUAAGGAUCCUGAGGGGAGUUUUGUUAUCUUACGGGUGAGUGUUGGGCUUUUGCCAGCUCCGAGUCUUCCAGUGUGAUUGCUAGUCACAUCUCAGAAAGAAAAGGACCUCCUUUCUCCUGGCCUCUUCCGGAUAGUGAUCUCUCAGCUGCAAGUUUUUCUGAAUUUAGCAGCUUCCAUGUGUGUACACACAUCCUGAUCCCCAAGAAAGCUGUGCAGCAGAGAACCAAGAAUCUGUGAUGAUGAAGCUGAGUCUCAUCAAAGUCGUUAAUGGCUGUCGUCUAGGAAAAAUUCAAAACCUGGGCAAAGCAGGGGACUGCACAGUGGACAUUCCAGGCUGUCUUCUCUACACUAGGACUGGCUCUGCCCCACACCUGACACAUCAGACAUUGCAUAACAUCCAUGGGGUCCCAGCCAUGGCCCAGCUCACACUGUCAUCCCUAGCAGAACAUCAUGAAGUCUUGGCCGAAUACAAGAAAGGAGUUGGAAGCUUUAUAGGCAUGCCAGAAUCGCUCUUCUAUUGUUCCCUGCAUGAUCCAGUCACCCCCGGCCCAGCUGGUUAUGUAACAAAUAAGUCUGUGUCUGUGUGGGGUUUUGGAGGUCGAGUGGAAAUGACCGUUUCCAAGUUCAUGGCGAUUCAGGAGGCCCUGCAGCCUGAUUGGUUCCAGUGCCUCUCGGAUGGGGAGGCAUCUUGUGCAGAAGCAACUUCCAUUAAAAGGGCCAGGAAGUCUGUGGACCGGUCGCUUCUGUUCCUGGACAGCUGUUUGCGACUCCAGGAAGAGUCUGAGGUCCUUCAGAAAAGUGUGAUCAUUGGAGUGAUUGAAGGUGGAGAUGUGAUGGAAGAGAGGUUGAGGUCAGCACGAGAGACAGCCAAGCGACCCGUCGGGGGCUUCCUGCUGGACGGCUUUCAAGGGAAUCCAGCAGUCACAGAAACCAGGCUGCACUUGCUGUCAUCAGUCACUGCAGAGCUGCCAGAGGACAAACCAAGGCUCAUCUGUGGUGUCAGCCGGCCAGAUGAAGUGCUCGAGUGUAUUGAAAGAGGAGUGGACUUGUUUGAGAGUUUUUUCCCAUAUCAAGUGACCGAGCGGGGCUGUGCCCUGACUUUCACCUUUGAUUGCCAGCUGAAUCCUGAGGAGACAUUAUUGCACCAAAAUGGAAUUCAAGAAGAAAUAAAAUGCUUGGAUCAAAUAAAAAAAAUUGAAGCAACUGGAUGCAACCAAGAGAUGACGUCAUUUGAAAUUAAUCUGAAGGAGAAAAAGUACCAGGAAGACUUUGAGCCGCUCGUAAGAGGGUGCUCCUGUUACUGCUGUAAGAACCACACUCGUGCGUACAUCCACCAUCUGCUGAUGACCAAAGAGCUCCUGGCUGGCGUCCUACUUAUGAUGCACAACUUUGAGCACUACUUCGGGUUUUUCUGCUCCAUCCGAGAAGCACUAAAGAAUGACACACUGGCACAGCUGAAAGAGCUCAUCUGCAGACAAAUGUCUUGAGAACUGGAAAAUACAAGCCUGUCUUGUCUCCGGAAACAGUGAAGUGGCAGAGAUCUGAGCUUUCAGUGGUUAUGGUAGGACCGAAGAGCAUCUGCCCCACACUGCCCACAGGAGUGUGGAAGAAGGCCUUCUGCAGGAGAUUGAUCAGAUCUAUAACUUUAAAUUUUUCUAGGUUUAUUCUACUAGUGGGUAGAUUCCUUUAGUUGAAGACAAAAGUAUUAGACAUGAGAGAGCCUUGAAAGGAUUUGAUGUUCUAGGAACCAGUGAGGUGGGUGAGGCCUGGGUGAGGCCCGAGUGGAGAUGGUUGUCAUAGCUGGAGGCACAGCUAUUCCCUGGAGAAGAAGUCUAGCUGAUUCCACAGUUUUUUGUUUGUUUCUCCUCAUGCUCUCAGGGGUUUGGGGCAUACCUUUGUCUUCAGGGCUACCAUGGCAGGACAGUCAGUUCUCCUGCUUUAACCAUGCUCCUCUCUCCAAGGAAUACAGGGCUCAAAUCAUGCUUUUUGUGAUCCGUUGAUUUCAUUUGGCUACAAGUCUCUUUGUGACUGCUCUUCUGAAAGCCACCAUACUUGGCUGUUAGGAACCAAAUAUUGCCUAGCUGCUUUGUCUGGUCGUGUAGAUCCAGCUAAUCUGCUUCAGGCUCAAAACCUGUCUAACUGUGUAAUGACUAGCUCUGUCACUUGGGGGAAGUUCCUUUGGUGUGUGUAUAAGUGACCAGAAUCCUGGCCUGACAGCAGAUCAGUCUCCAUUCCACUCAGCUGUAAGCUCAGGCAAAUCCUGACUUUCCUGUGCCUGUUGCCUCAUGAGUAAACUGGGACAGGCAUAGCAGGUGGAAACAAAAUGUUCAAAAUCUCCAUUGUAGUCUCCAUUCCUAUUUACUAAUCACUGUUGGCCU